ACAAAGUCAUUGGCCAUCUCAACGGAACAGUCACGCGAUCCCGAGAUCAUUCAUUAAUUUAUUCUAAAUCAUAAGUAAUCCGUUAUUUUAUCGAGGAAUUUAUUAUUUUAAUCGUUUAAUAAAAUGUCACGAGUAUUUAGAUCUAUAAUUUAGUAAAUUAAAACAGUUUUUAUUAAAUUAAAAGUUAAAAUAAAAUAAAUAUCAAGAUAAUUGAUCGCUGGUACCAAGAGUUCGGGAAUACAGAAGAUUAUUUAGUUCUUCGGUCGCUUUAAUUGCAUUUAUUAUUUGAUUUGAUUUAACACGGAGUUAAUCUGAAACGCAUCAAGAUGGUGAAGCAAUCGCCCAAGAUGACGAAGCUCGUCGUCUCGGCUAUCAAGAACCUCCGCGAUGUCCAGGGGUCUACCACCAAGGAUAUCCUGAAUUAUGUCAUGAAAGAAUAUAAUUCGGAGCCUUCGCUCGAGCGGCGGUUACGAACAGCGCUGAAGCGAGGCAUCGACUACGGCAUCCUCGUGAAGAAGGGCCCGCACUACCUCCUGAACACCGAGCCAGAGAUGUCGGUGGCCGAGCAAGCCCCGAUGGAGCGCGGGGGCCGCAGACGAAGACGAGGAAGAAAAGGUCGCCGGGGAAAGAAAGGAGGUCGCCGUGGCCGCGGCCGCAAGCGUCGCGGAGGAAGACGCAAGCGCGGAGGAAAAUCUCGCGGGCGCAGGCGCCGUAGCCGUCGCAGGAGACGCGGAGGUCGCGGAAAGACGAUGAGGAAGCGCGGAGGAGUCGACGACGUGGACAUGCUCCGCAAGGAGCUCUUCGAGGCCGCCCCCGCAGUCGCCCACGGAGACCCCGACGCCCCUGUUGGACCCCAGACCUACGAUCGCCCCCGAAGUCGCAGUAGAUCCCGACAGAGCCGCAGCAGAAGUCGAAGCAGAUCCUCUGGCAGCAGCGACCGAGAGAACCACGAUUCCCGACUACAGGCCGACUGAUUUUUUUUUUAUAAAUAACCUUUUACAUUUUUUAUCACCUGUACACUUUUUUUAUCACCCCCGUCUUGUUGACAAUUUUUUUAGCCUCGAU